AUGGCAAGACUCACUGACGAGGCCGACUACGAUGCCGGCGAAAUUUCUGAGAAUGUGCAAGUUCACGGUCUGAUUCUGGAAAUGAGCAAGCAUACUAUAGACUCCGGACAAGGUGCGUUCCUCUACGUCUUCCUGCUAAUAUGUUCAAAUUAA